UAAGGAAAAAAUAUUGCUUGAAUAAAAAUUUGUGAAAAAAGCUGUAAUUGAAAAAUGGCUAAGUGUGAUCCGGCUCGCUGCGAGGAAACCUGCAAGGAGCAAUGUUUCUUUCUUUUAGAAUUAUACGUUUGUCAAAUAAGAAGUCAGCGAUUAGCUAAACUUAACGAAAUGUUUUUUGUACCAACAACCGUCGCAUUUAAAUUUCUCGAUUUCGACUGGGACGAUAGUCUUCAACUAACGCCGGUGGAUCCUAUGUUUGAGCCUCAACCAGGAACUGCCGCCAAUAUCGAACCUUUUUACUCCGGCCGAUCGGUUCUUUUUGCUCUUGAUCAGGAUUCUGUCGUGGAUAUGUGCAAAGAAUUCAGAAUUGUUUUGAACGUCUUCAAAAAAAUGCCCCAAGACAUAAAACCAGAUGUCCUUGUAGGAUAUACAGAGAUCGAUAUGAGUAUUCAUUUCGCAGCACUGCGCAAAGAAAUAAUCGACAGUUCGCGCUACGCCGGAGCUAAUCUAUCCAAUCCCUCAAAAACAUUCCAGGGCGAGCUGCCCUUAGCAUUCGGAAACACAAUCUCGGGUAGUAUAUGCAUUCUGAGCCGUAUCUCUGGUUGCGGUCAGACGAUAGUUACAGAGCUCCAGUCUCCGGAUAUCAACUCAACUUCAACAUCAAGUUUCAUUGUCAAGGCCAAUGAUCAAAACCAGUGCACCACACCGCUAAACUACAAAUGCCGCGUUCUCGACCAUACGAGUUGCGACCUUGACGUUCUGGAGGAGAGUGGUACCGCCGCAAAGGAGAAGAAAGAUUGCAUAGUGUGCAAGCCGCCAAAACUCCCGUGUUCACCAUGUCGCAUUGGCUCAGGAGCAAGAAUAUCCGCCAGUCCCGCUAGAGAGAUUAAUAAAUGUGAAAAAUCGACAGGCCAAGAAGAGACUAACAACAACUGUAAGCCCAUUCAGACGAGUCGUGGUCCUAAGGAACCCUGCGGCAAGGCUGUUGUCCUCAAGGUUUCAGGACUAACGGACGCCAGCAAUGAUUCGAAUGAUAACGGACGACAGGCCUGCGUGACCGUGGCGACAGAAAAAGAGGCCGCAACCGCGGAGGAUCUACGUGAUCCCGACCAUGACAUCUUCAUCUUGAGGAUUGGUAAGAAGGGCAUUGUUGGAGCUGGCGAAAAGUCUGACAUACAGCUAGAAAUGAGGACGCCCAAAGGCCCAGAACGACGACCUCCGCUGCGCUUGGAAACCCGUGAGAUGCAGACCGAGGAGGAUACAAACGAAAAGAAGGUCGCCACCAAGAGCAAGAAGAAAAAAUAACAAAAAGCUCUUUCAAUUAUAGAAACUUGAGGCUAUGUUCGUUUCUGUUGAGUAUUUAAGUAACAACAUCGAGCUUAUUUAUUAUCUACGGCGUAUCAUUAAAAUCGUUAAAUAAUGGCUUACGCCUGUCC